AACAAGAAAAAUUCUCACAACAAAAUCGAACAAUUUCACAUCAAAAUUAAACUAACUCUCACACCCUUCAAUUCAAUGGCUCUCGCUGUCACUUGUUCCAUUUCAAUUUCAUCUUCUUCUUCUUCUUCUUCUACCUUCCAAUCAUCACAACCUAAAUUUUCGCAAAUUGCUUCAAUUAGGGUUUCUGAGAUACCCCAUGGAGGAGGUGUUAAUGCAUCUCAAAGGCGGAGCUUCGUGAAGCCACCUCAACGCAGCAGGGAUUCAAUUGCCCCUCUCGCUGCAACCAUCGUUGCUUCUGAUGUUGCUGAAACAGAACAGGAUAAUUAUCAACAGUUAGCUGUUGACCUUGAAAAUGCUUCCCCUCUUCAAAUAAUGGAUGCAGCUCUCGAGAAAUUCGGCAACCACAUUGCUAUUGCCUUCAGUGGUGCUGAGGAUGUUGCAUUGAUUGAGUAUGCACGCUUGACGGGUAGACCCUUUAGAGUGUUUAGUCUUGAUACUGGGAGGCUAAACCCGGAAACUUAUCGAUUUUUUGAUGAGGUUGAGAAGCACUAUGGAAUCCACAUUGAGUACAUGUUUCCUGAUGCUGUUGAGGUUCAAGGAUUGGUCAGGAGUAAGGGGCUCUUUUCCUUCUAUGAGGAUGGCCAUCAAGAGUGCUGCAGGGUGAGGAAGGUGAGACCUUUGAGGAGGGCACUUAAGGGUCUUAGGGCAUGGAUUACUGGGCAGAGAAAAGAUCAGUCACCUGGUACUAGGUCUGAAGUACCUGUUGUUCAGGUUGAUCCGGUUUUCGAGGGAGUCGAUGGUGGGGUUGGCAGCUUGGUGAAGUGGAACCCAGUUGCGAAUGUCAAAGGCCACGAUAUAUGGAGCUUCCUUAGGACCAUGAAUGUGCCUGUGAAUUCAUUGCAUUCAAAAGGAUACAUCUCCAUUGGCUGCGAGCCGUGCACGAGGGCUGUUUUACCCGGGCAACAUGAACGGGAAGGUAGGUGGUGGUGGGAGGAUGCCAAAGCUAAGGAGUGUGGUCUUCACAAAGGAAAUGUGAAGCAGGAUGCGGAGGCGGAGCUUAACGGCAAUGGUGUUGCCAAUACAAAUGGCACUGCCACUGUCGCCGACAUCUUCAACACCCAGAAUGUGGUCAGCUUGAGCAGGACUGGAAUUGAGAAUUUGACGAAGCUGGAGAACCGGAAAGAACCAUGGUUGGUUGUGCUUUAUGCACCAUGGUGCCCCUACUGCCAGGCUAUGGAGGAAUCUUAUGUUGAUCUGGCUGACAAGUUAGCAGAGUCAGGGGUGAAAGUUGGAAAAUUUAGAGCGGAUGGGGAGCAGAAAGAAUUUGCAAAGCGGGAACUGGGGUUGGGGAGCUUCCCAACAAUAAUGUUUUUCCCUAAGCAUUCAUCUAGGCCAAUAAAGUAUCCCUCAGAAAACAGAGAUGUUGAUUCCUUGAUGGCGUUUGUGAAUGCCUUAAGAUGAGGGUUAUCAAGAAGUUCUUUGUUUAGGUUGCCAUUCACAUUUGUGAGUGCACCUUCAAUGUUCCUUGGUCACAGUUCGGGUAUACCAUUCACUCAGACUGGUAACACAUCAGAAGUGUAGAUUCCUUGGCAAAAAUAAGAUCCUCAGCUUAAACAUAUGGGCUGUGGCCUCUUUUGAGUAGAUUUAGAUCAUCUUAUUAUUGUGGUUACAAUAAAAAUUAUAUAGGUGCGGUGAGUUAUUGAUUUCCUUCCGUUCUAGAUAAGUGAUUUGUAAAUUGUAAUUACUAAUAAUGAGAAUGGUGUGGCUUUUUCCUA